AUGGGCAACGGCACAGCUGCAGUACUAGAGCCGACAUUCACCGGCUAUGUCGCCACCACGCAAGAUGCGCUGAUCCUCUUCGAAGCAUGUCUGACCGGCCUCCUCCACCACGUUCCACGACGUCCCCACGAUCGAGAAAGAAGCCAACUGGUGAAAAGCGGGAGUGUUUUUAUCUACGAAGAAAAUGCGUCCGGUAUCAAGCGAUGGACAGACGGUGUUACAUGGAGCCCCAGUCGCAUCCUGGGUAAUUUCCUCGUCUACCGCGAACUUGAUAAGCCUUUUCCUCCAGGUGAGAAGAAGCGCGCCAUGAAAAAGGGCAAUAGGCGGCCACCACAAACUGGAAGACCAGGGGAACCAUACCCAAGACCUCAAGAGAGCAACGGAACUUCAUACUCGCCCGCAACAUCGCCCGGCGCAGCUCCAUAUGGAGAGAGAAACCAACACACAGAUAUGGAGCGGCAACUCGUGGGCUCCCUUGUGGACUCGUAUGGGUUCAAGGAUUCGGGAUUAGUAAAGAAAACCAUGAGCGUGACAGUAUCGGGGGUGACCCAUCAUUUGGUGUCAUACUACAGUGUUGAAGAUGUCAUGUCAAACCGCCUCCAUACACCCAUGCAACACGAGAAUUUGAGGGGCAUACGUCCACGCGCAGAACUCACAACGAAGCAAAGCUUCCGCGCGCCAAUUGAUGACUUCGAGCACGGUGCAAUGGAAGAUGGAGACCCUUCUUCCGCCCUAUAUGCUUAUCGUUCCACGUUAGGUGGCGCGCAGGCAUAUGCGGUGCCAAGCUCCGGUGCGCCGUACUACCAGCUUCCCGCUUACGGCGCACACCCUGGUUAUGCAGUUGGCGCGCCAGGUAUUCCAGGCCACCCCACAUCCAAUCCAUAUCUCACAAAUGCUCCCGGUUCAGCCGACAUGCCGCCAAAGCUAGAAGGCUACUCUUUCCGGAGCUCAGCAUCGUACCCGCCUAGCUAUCACCCCAUGAAUCCCAGUAUACCGCAACCCAUGUCGGCUUCCACGAUACCCUCUGCCCUCAACCCUACCAUGGGCGAUAGAAGUCAACAGCAACAACCCAGCAGCGCUUCCCUCUACCGAAACCCGGGAUUACAACCGCGGGAUGUACCUACAGGUUCACUUUCCGGACCGGUCGACCCCGGUUCAGCAGGUGCCCCAGCGUAUUCAAGAGGAAGUUUUGGCGGCAUUGACUCCUCAGACCAACAGAGCGUCGGACAGCAGCAGCAUUACAACCCUUCAACGAGGCGGGAAUCGAGUGCCAUGGCGCCUAGCGUUUCAUACUAUAAUGGAGACCGUCAGUCUCAACAGCCACAGCCGCCAUCACAACCGCAGUCACAACCUCAUCAAUCUCAACAACAGCCGCCGCAGCCACAACACCCACAACAAUAUUUCUCCAGUAGUGGUCAGCCGGGACAGCCUUCAAGUUACCAACCCGGCCAACAGGCGUCGAUGUCCUGGAAUACGGCUACAACGGGUUGA